UAAUAAGACGCCGGUUUGGAAGUUUAAACUGAUAAGAGAUGCGGUCUGACUGAGGAGUAGGAUCACGAUAGGAGAACACGACAACCGGGCAAAAUUUAAGUCGAACGGGAUAAAACAGACAAGGUGAAGCCGUGUUUAACUGGUGGAAAAAUUAACUGGGUCAAAGAAGAACGAGUCCGUGGUGUUCGAGAGAUUCGGAGCAUGGUUCAACAUACGGAACAUGGCGGGUUGGGGAUUAACAGUCAUCCCGAACAGAGAGCGUUGCUGCCGGCCUCGGCGUGCAGUCCUGUGCCGCUGAAGCCGGACUGGUGUAAAACGGCAUCGGGUCACAUUAAACGGCCCAUGAACGCCUUCAUGGUGUGGUCCAAGAUCGAGAGAAGGAAAAUAAUGGAGCAGUCUCCUGAUAUGCACAACGCGGAGAUCUCCAAACAGCUCGGUAAACGCUGGAAGAUGUUAAAAGACACCGAGAAGACGCCGUUCAUCCGGGAGGCCGAGCGGCUCCGGCUCCAGCACAUGGCCGACUACCCCGACUACAAGUACCGGCCCAAGAAGAAGCCCAAGACCGAGGGAGGAGCGUGUCCAGCGGGGAAGUCUGCCGCUCAGUCCCCGGAGAAAACAGCCGCCAGGGCCGUGAAUAAGUCCCACUCCGCCGCCAAAAAACUGCCCAAGAUUAGGACCAGCAAGCCGGCUGUGUGCUCGGUCAGACCCGGGACAAACCUCCAGCACCUCCAACAGCACCAGGACCCACGGUACCGGUUUAAACGGGAAUUCACUGAUGAUGACGAGGAUGACGAUGAUGACGAUGAUGAUGAAGACUCUGAGGAGGAGCAGGAGUUUAAAACGGAGGAGGAAGAGUGGAGCCUGAGUCCUGCUGCUGAGCCAGAGGGCGGGCGCCUGUACGAAUCAUCAGGCCGGCUCUUCUACAGCUUCAAGAACAUCACCCGACAGGGCGGGGGUGCCACCACCGCCUCCUCCUCCUCUUCCUCCUACUCGGCCUCACUCUCUCCGGCCUCCUCGUCCCGCUCCGGCUCCACCUCCUCCUCCUCCUGCUGCGGGGACGACCUGGACGAGCUCCCCGCCGAGGGUUCUGACUUCACCCUGAACGUCCUGGCCGGCCUGCACGCCUCCUCCGAGCCGUGGAACUCGUCGUGCAGCUCAGCUGCGGGGAACUUAAGCCUGUCAUUGGUGGAUAAAGACCUGGACUCACUCGGCAGCGAGGGCAGCCGCGGUUCCCACUUCGAGUUCCCGGAUUACUGCACGCCGGAGCUCAGCGAGAUGAUCGCCGGCAACUGGCUGGAGGCCAACUACUCGGACCUAGUGUUCACAUACUGAUCUUUGAGGAGGGGCCUAUCAGCGUCAUUGGCCCUGGAAGAGGCUCUGGAGGAGGGGUGAGGAGCUCCAGAGCCCGUCAGGGAGUGGGCUGAUGAUGCUGCCUAGAAGAGGAUCACCGUUUUCAGGGAGGCAUGCUGCGGUACUUCUGCAAAAGAAUGAAAUAAAUCACCACAACAGGGUUUUAUGGAUUUAAUUUCUGUUGCUCGGGUCAAUCCAGAACCCGAUCUAUGCAUUAAGGUUAUCCAAUGAUCCGAUACUUAGGUCCUUUUUGAUACCACAGGUGUUAAAAUGUUACUCUCAGUUAUCAAAGUCAUCAACAGAUACCCAGAUUUUAAUAACAUUUCACCAGCAGCAAUGUGGGCAAUACAUUUUUACAGUUUAGAGGAGUUUACCUGCAAUUUUGAUCAAUGAAAAAAGAAAUAACCCGAGUAUACUGAAAUACUGCAACAUUGCCAUUGUACUUUUGCAAUUCCAACCAUGCACAGGAGUUUGCCUAACAUUUAUGGUGAUUAAAUACUUCUGUUUCAACACUCAACUCUGGGCAGUUUCCCAGGCAAUUCACUAGUGUUUAACUGUUUUCCAUAGAACUGUUGGAGACUAAAGUAUCUGUUGAAAAUUACAGGUAAAUCCCAUGCAUACAGUCUAAAUUGCACAAAAAUGUUGGCAAUGUUGCCCUACAGAGAGAUUUGAACUUCUAUAUUGCUUUUAAAAAUUCCAAGUAAGCUCUUGCAUGGUAAUCUUUGUAGUUAUGUUGCCAAUGUUUUUGUCCAAUCAAGACACGGUGCAGGAUUUGCCUUUGAUUUUGGUUGUUAAAGACCAGCAAAAAGGUCUUUGAGGUGUCAUGCUUCAAAUUCCCAAAUUAACUCAGGCAUAUUGCUGAAAAUGCACAAAUAUAUUGGAAAUAUUUUUGCAUUGAAAUGUUGCCAGCGUAUAAGUGCAUUUUGGGCAGCAUGCAGGAUUUUGUUUGCAAUUGUCAAUAUUGGGUGCCUCCAACUGAAAAACACUGCAAGUAAGGCUGUGCUUAUCAUCAAAUGUGCAUGAAAACAUUGGUAAAGGUUCUGCACAAAGACAUUGCCAACUUGUUUGUACAAUUAAGACCAUGUGUAGGAGUUUGCCAGCAAUUUUUUUACAGUCAAUAACAAGAAAUUACCCAACAUUGGUUGUCUGAAUUAAAAUUCUCUUCAAGUUGCUGUGCCAUAGACUUAAAUGAGUUGAAAACAAAAACAAAAAAAAUACCACAUGGAAAAGUUGCCAAUGCUUCUGUGCAAUUCAGACAGAAUGAUUGUUUCUUGCAAUUUUUGAUGAUCACAUUUUUAUAAUAUAGACUGGCACACAACAAGUUGCACAGAAAUCUUAAAUGGCUCUACAUGGAGAUAUUGCCAACGUUCUUGUGCAAUUUUCAAUAAGCUCUUGUACAUUUAGUUGAAAAAACACAUCGUCAGUGUUUCCAUACAGAAGUGUUGCCAACAAUUGUAUGCAAUCUAGAAAAAAAUCCAUGUGGUUCUUGCAGUUUUUAAAAACACAGUUUAAAAGAACCUAAGGAAAAUUCUGCAAGCUUCUAAUAGUGUAAAAACCCAGUCCAAGAUCCCAUGUGGGAAUGUUGCCAAUGUUGUUGUGCAAUUUAGGACAGCAGUAGGAGUUUUGGGCAUUUUUGUUGAUUGAAGUAAUCCAGUGUUGGGCGUCUAGGACUUCUCUUUCUGUUGCUGUGGUAUCAAAAAGGUAUCGGUAUCGUUUGAUUUGGUCCAACUUCAUAUCAAAGUCUGUACCCGUCUAUGCAUCCCAGUCCAGAUCAGAACCGGACUUAAAAUCAGGACAAGACUCUUUAUGUUCCUCCACGCCUUCAGGAAUCUUCUACGGGACUCUCUUUAGAUAGUUUAUACCAAGCGGGGCGCUGCCAUGAAAUGUUGAGUUCCAGCCCCACGCGGUAUGGCAGGAAGCUUUUUUUUAUAUUCUCCAAACCGGACAUACCUCAUGUUUUUUUACAGAGUUCAGAAUAAAAGUAUUUUCAGGAUUAUUUUUGUACAGUCAAAGGGAAUGUUCAGGCACUUCUUCUACAUUUUCAUUCGGACUGAUGAUUCUUUGUUACAGAGCAUGUUGAGGGUUCGAUUCCCUGCAGCCUGCCUUGUUUGAUGCCUUGCUGUUGUUUUAAACCAGUGUACAGACGAACAGGAAGACGAGAGGAGCCUUUAUUGUGAAAGGGUGUUGUAUAUGUUGUGUAAAAUAGUUAAAAUUUAGGAGUUUAUGUAUAUCCGUGUGAAUGAGUCCAAACUGGAUCUUCUGUUACAUUUUUCAUAUCCUCGACGGCACAUUUUUAUUUUUUCUCAUUAUUUUUGUGCAAUAUAAGAAAAAAAGGAGCAGUCUGCGUUUUUUGUAGCAGAAGGGAAACUGCGUUAACUCGUCCUUCAUGAUGAAGUGUGGAUGUGACAUCUGAAUAAAUCAGCUGGAACUGA